GACAAAAAGCAGACAAGUGAUAAGGAAGCCCACGAUUUCUUUCUUCUAUUUUCAAGAUGCAUUAGAUAUAGAAUCUAUAAGUAGAUUACGUUACCUAAGUAUCGAUGGAGAAUGAACAAAAUGGGAACUUUACCCCAAGCCCCGACAGUGAGAUAAUUUCUGAGGGGAGUAAGCAGCUAGAUGUUUUAUCGUGUAUCAAAGAUGAGACUCCUGAAAGAAUAGGUGACGGUGGGCCAGACUGCAGACUGAAUCAGUGCAUCACUCCCAUCCGUGGAACAGAAACUGAUCAAAGCAUAGAUGAAAUAAAGGGAUGUCUGGCUGGGGAGCAUGGGAACUUCACUUCCCCCCUUGCAGAAGGUGGCAACAUCCCAGUUGCAUUGAACGAGGAGAAAACCUGUCGGAACAAAGAAACAGCAGAUGACGCUUCAAGAAGCAACCCUAGUGGAGAUGAUACAGGAUCAGUUCAUGAUAAGAACCCUUCACGAAACCGUUCUAAAAGGUCUGAAGAUUCUAAUAACAUAAAAAGAGAUUGCCAUAUCAGCCCUGAUCUGGCAAAGCUCCGCGCCUUGCCCGCCGAGGACCGGGACAUAGUAGACGGGAUUCGCCCAUCGUGUAGCAAGACUAGGGCGGUUUCGGUGCUACCAGCCAUUCAUGAAUCUGCGGACGAGGAUGAUGAGAACGUUGAGGAGCACGUCGGCAUUUGUGUGUCGCCUUCUUCCUCCUCAUCGUCUUCCCUUGCUUCCUCUCCCGUUUGCAUAAAGCGCCAUAUCCCCGUGUGUCGUGUCAGUAGCAGACCCACACUGACCAGCAUCUCUGAAGAGUUCGCUGCUACGAAAGUAAUUGAGCUUGAAGGGGCGGAAGUAAGGAAGGAUGAGGAAAUGAGGGCUGUGAAAGAGAGCUCUUCCAACACAGAGAGUCUCACAAGGACGAUCCCGCCAGAUGCGCUGAGCAAUGUGUUAGAACAAAGCCAGGGGGAUUCUUCUUCAAUUCCAAAUGUGGAAGUGUUUCCUACUCGCAUCAAGGAAGAGGAGGCCUGCCAAGAAGAGGGCCUGAUUCCUCGUCAGAUUUCCCCCACCGCCGGGGGUGAAGGCGUGGUGAGUUGCGAUAAACAAAAAAGUCCCAUAGUCGUUAUGAAUCCAGAGUUGACACAACAGUCUGCUGGAAACAUAGGUGGGGAUUUGCACUGUGUAAAGACGGGUGUCGAGUUAAAAGAGAACGUCGAGAUAAAUAAUAACGGUAGAGAGUACAACCAUGACGACAAAGUGCAGUACUCAGAUGGACGCUGCCAGUCAGACUCAGAGAAUUCUUAUUCCCCCGUACGAAAAAGCCAUAAGCCAGUGAAGUGGAAAAAAGGCAGACAAACUAAGGGAAAUCACCAAUUGUCGCCACAGGAUGAGAAAGAUGAUUGCGUAUCAGACAAAAGCGAAUUCCCGGUAGGGGAGUGGAGUACCAAACAGAUUUGUGAUGAAAAAUGUAAUCUCCUUUCGAAUAUGUGCGUCGAAUCGGGCACGCCAAACACAAACAACGAAGACCGUCCACAUAAUGAUAUCCGAUCCAGCCUUUCUGAAACAGGCGCGAUGUCUGCCGAUGCUGGGACAGAGACAAAGGCUAUAGGAGAGGAAAGCUCCCUCCGAGACUACGUGGCACAGAGGAUCGAGGUAGCUGAGAGAAAACUUGGCAAACGGGGACUCGUGCAACUGUCGGACGUCAUGCAGGCCGUUAACGAAGCCUGCGCGAGAGGAGGAGUUGCCCCGCCUGAAGACAUCAGCGAGAGCGUCCUUGCCAAUCUGGUGUAUGGGAGAGGCAGGCUGGUAGAAGAAGGCGUGACUUCAGAGUGUGGUAUCCACGCUCAGAAUAGUCAAGAGGCUUCCGGCCUAGAAAAGAAAGAGAUCGUGUGCUGCCUCGGCGAGGAGCAGAUUGUACCUUUGAAUAAUGUCUGUUUGGAAGCACCGAGUGCUUUAACAGUGUCGGAUGACUGCAAGGUGAAAUUUGGGAGUAAAUAUUUUUACAUAAUAUAUUUACAUAGUUCGGAAACUGUGAACUGAAUUUCAUUAAAGUU